CCGUCCGGGGGCGGAGUCGCGACCCCGGGUCUGGGGUACACGGAGUUCCUAGGCGGGGGAGCUGAGGCCUCGCGUGCGUCCGGGGUGAGCCUGUGUGUCUGCCAUGUCCAAUGAAGAGGCCGUCCAAGACCCCAGACCCAGCGUGGAGCAGGAGCAGGAGCAGCAGCAGGAGCAGCAGAAUGUGGUGAAGCGUGUGGCGGCCCUGCCCCUGGUAAGGGCCGUCUCCCAUGCCUACUGCUCGGCCAAGGACCGGCACCCGAUGCUGGGCUCCGCCUGCCGCCUGGCUGAGCACUGUGUGUGCGGCCUCACCACCAGCGCCCUGGACCACGCCCAGCCACUGCUCGACCACCUGCAGCCCCAGUUAGCCACAGUGAACCACCUGGCCUGCAGGGGCCUGGACAAGCUGGAGGAGAAGCUGCCCUUCCUCCAGCAACCUUCGGACACGGUGCUGACCUCAGCCAAGGACACGGUGGUGGCCGGCCUGGCCCAGCGCGGCCGGCGCUGGAGCAUGGAGCUGCGGAACUCUGUGAGCCACGCCAUGGACGUGGUGCUGGGCAAGUCCGAGGAGCUGGUGAACCACCUGCUGCCCAUGACGAAGGAGGAGCUGGGGACUCUGGAGGCCGAGGGCCUGGCAGAAGCGGGCACCGCCGAGGAGCAGACACGCCAGCAGGGCUACCUUGUGCGCCUGGGCUCCCUGUCCUCGAGGAUUCGCUAUCUGGCUUAUGAGCACUCUAUAGGGAAACUGAGGCAGAGCAAGCACUGUGCACAGGAAAUGCUGACCCAGCUGCAGGAGAUGUUGGAGCUGAUCCACAGGGUGCAGGACAGAGCAGCCCUGCCCACCAAGUCCCAGGAGCCACGGGAGGACCGGAGCCCAUGCCCCCUGCAGAACGGCCACAGCCGCAGCCAGGUGGAUCUGGAGGCACUGGCUGCAGAGCUGGAGCGCUCGGUGGAGGCGCUGGCGGCAGCGCUGCCCCCUGGCGCCCAGGCCCGGGUGGCGGAGCUGCAGGCCGGUGUGGCGGCGCUGCGGGUGGCCCUGGCGGAGGUGCGCGGCCUCGGCUCCCCGAGGGCGGCCAUGGAGGUCCCCGUGGGGCCUGCGCUGGCCCUGUGGGCCGGGCCGCUGCCCUGGCUCCUGGGCCCCUUCGCGCCGCUGCUCGUGGAGCGGUCGGAGCCCAUGCUGGACCUGAUCACCUGUGUGGACGAGGUCAUCGGUGACCCUGACCCGCGCUGGGCGCACAUGGACUGGCCGGCCCAUCAGAGGGCCUGGGCAGCCGGGGAAUCCCAGGGACUCCGGGGGACCCUUGGGGACCCUGGCCCACAGGACGCUGAGCCCCCCCGCCUCAGGGUCUCCCACACCCUGAUGCCUGAGCUGGACUUCUGAUGGCGCCCAGGUAAUGCUGGCCCUCUGGCUGCUGGUCACCCUCAGACUCAGGCCCCCCAUUUUCCCUUGGAGGAUGCCUGGGGAUACGAGGCCCAGGCAGGGCAGGGCCUCAGAACCCAUCCCUGAGCCUCUGCCCUCUGGGGCCUCUCCUGUCACCCCAGCCAGGAGCCCCCCCUCCCCUUCCAGGCCAGCCCCGGCUCCAUCACCAGACUCUGCAUCAGGAAAGUGAGCAAAGCCGGGUCUGGCGGCUCACGCCUGUCAUCCUAGCUAGUCAGGAAGCUGAGAUCUGAGGAUUGUGGUUCGAAGCCAGUCCAGGCAGGGACAUCCCUGCGCCUUAUCUCUACCUAACCAAAAAGCCAGAAGUGGAGCUGCGACUCCUAUGGUAAAGCACAACCUCGCGUUUUAAAAAAAGCUCAAGGACAGCACCCAGGCCCUGAGUUCAAGCCUCAGGACUGGCACAAAUAAUUUUAAAAAAUAAAUAUGCAAAUAGAUGGCAAUAAAGUCAGAAACUCUGAGAAGCA